UCUGUGUGGAAGAGUAGUGCGUACUACUGGCUGUUCAGUGCACUCUGUUGCCGUUGGAAAUGAACUGGGGCAACACCUGAGAGGAGGCUGGUCGGGAGCAGAAAGGGAAUGCUUUCUUCCUGGAGAAUUGAGCCGCUGUUAUCCUCACCUGGUGGAUGUACGGGGCGGAGAGAGGCCUGAUUGGAGGAACAUUCUGGGCCUGACUGAAAGACCUGUGCUCCGUUUUCAGCUCUGAGGUGGUUAUAUGGCCAGAAGGAAAUCCUGUUUCAAACCUGAUCAACUAAAGAAUGCUAUUUUCCACACUUGUGCUGUGACCUACUACAGUACUGAAGCUACUGUAUAUGGAAGAACCUUCUCUGGCCAGGGAGGAUUUAGAAGUCACGAAGCGACAGGCCCAGACAGCCCACUCCUCUUCACGAUGCAACAGCCAACUGGAGGAGUGGAGCAGCAGGACGAAUCCUUUGAUUUCUUGUUCAAGAUCAUCCUGAUUGGAGAUUCUAACGUGGGCAAGACCUGCGUGGUCCAGAGCUUCAAGUCAGGACAGUUCUCAGAGAGGCAACAGAACACCAUAGGAGUGGACUUCACCGUGCGGACAGUGGACAUCGAGGGCAAGAAAAUUAAG